AUGGCGUCGACGCCGGGAGGGCCGACGAGCCCGUCGGUGGACAGGCUGAACCGCGUGCUGGUGCUCGUCACGGAGCACGAGGCCCACGUCCGCGAGCAGGACAUUAGGCUGGCGGACCUCUCGCGUCAGCUCCAGGAGGUGCGUGGCCAGCUGCAGCGGGACGUGGGCGAGGUGCGAGGGGCGCUCGCCAGCGGGCAGGGCGCCGGCUGGGGCGCCCGGGAGGCGACGGAGACGCGCGAGGAGCUCGACGCGGCGCGCAAGGCCGUCGAGCAGCUCCACGGGCAGAUCGUAGCGAUGGAGCGGGACGCCGAAGUGAUGCAGGAGAGGCAAGACGACCUGGGGGGUGUCGUCGCGGACCAGAACCUCGAGAUCGUCGCCCUGAAAGAACGACAGGCGUCCAUUGAUCGUGAGCUCAAGGCGGCAGCCAGCGGGGACUCGGGCGCGAAGCAGGCCGCGGUGGCGGAGCGCAUUCAAAAGGAUUUGAAGGCGGCUCUGCGGCGCUCGCAACACAGGGCCGAGGCGGAGUCGCAGAAGAAAAUCAUGCACGAGGUCGGACAGCAGCUGGCCACGGCGCUGCAGAGCUCGCAGGCCGCCGCCGACGCCCGAAUUGCGGCCCUCUCCGACGACGUCAAGUCCGUGUCCGCCACCCUCGCCGAGCUGGACCCCUGGGUUCGCCGCGAGGUCGGCGACAUGGUCCGCCGCAUCGCGGAGCACGUCCGAGCGAUGCAGGAACACCAAGGAAGCCUUGCCGACCGCGUGCGCGAGUCCGAGGCGCGCUCCGAGGCCCGGAUACGCGAGCUCGCGGAGGCUCUCGGCAAGGCGGUGGCUCAGGGCGAGGUCGGCGCGCAGCGGCGCGAACCUGCGCCGCCGCAGCACGACGCCAGCGCGCGACUGGCGGGGAGCAUCGAUGCGCUCACGAGCCGGGUGAUGCGGCUCGAGCAGAUGCUCGGGGGCGCGCGGGCGGCGCCGGCAGCGCAGCGGGGCUGCGGGUGCGGCGACCCGCGUUGCCGGUGCGGGCCAUCGUGUCAGUGUGUGGGCAAGGGGGGGGGGUGUGGCUGUGGCUGCGGGGCGGGCGAGGAGGGCGCGAAGGGCGUCACGGACGAGGUCGCGGAGCUGCGGGCGGAGCUGAAGCGGGCGCGGUGCGAGCGGAAGGCGCUGGCGAAGAAGCUCGGGGGGGUCUCUGGCGCGGUGGGGAAGCUGGGGGAGUGUUGUUCGGACCGCGUGACGGAGCUCGAGAUGCUGACGGAGGCGCUCGGGCAGCUGUCGAGCGGGCUAGGGCGCGGCGGCGGCGGGGGGGGGUUCGGGGGACUCCCCCGGGUGAACCUCAACCCCUACGGCACGUAUUACACCCCCGGCGCCGGGGUGGGCGGCGAGGCGCCGGACGCGGGGCUGGCGCAGUUCGACAAGUUCCUGGCGCUGAUGAAGCAGCGGCUGCGCAGCGCUGAGAAGGAGCUGUCGGGCCUCAAGGCCGCGAUGAAGUCUUCGGCGUAA